GUGCGGCGGCCGCUGCGCGACGGCAAGCUCGAGGACUGGGACGCCGUCGAGGAGCUCUGGGCCCGGGCCUUCGCCCAGAUGCGGCGGCCCGGCCCGCCGCGAGAUGACGGGCCGGGCCACCCCGUGCUCGCGGCGUACCCGUCGGACGCGACCGCCGUCGCGCGCGAGCGGUACCUCGAGCUGCUCUUCGAGACCUUCGGGUGCGAGGCGGCCUACCUGAGCCGCGCGGCGACGCUCGCGGCCUUCGCCGCCGGGCGGCCGUCGGCGCUCGUCGUGGACUGCGGCGCGGGGUCCACGUCCGUCGCGCCCGUCGUCGACGGCUACUGCGCCCACUGGGCGCCGCGCGCCGCGCUCCGCGGGGUUUCUGGCGGCGCGGCGUCGGCCGCCGCGGCGUACGCCGCGUGGCCGGAAGGCUUCCGCGACUUUGUGGACCGCGGCGCGGCGCGCGACCUCAAGGAGAGCCACUGCGUCGUGCCCAAGGGCUACGGGUUGGCCGUCCAGGUCGCGCGCGACAAGCAGUCCUUCGAGCUCCCGGACGGCACCGUCGUCGACCCCGCGGAGCCGCCGGCGGUCGCCGCGCUGCCGGAGAUGAUCCGCGCGGCCCUCGAGCGCGUCGACGUCGACGUCCGCAAGGACCUCCUCCUCAACCUGCUCCUCACCGGCGGCGGGUCGUGCUUCGCGGGCCUCCCGGAGCGGCUCCACGGCGACGUGAGCCUCGCGCUGUCGUCGCCCUUCAAGGUCAAGGUCGUCGCGCCGUCCAAGUUCGAGCGCAAGUUCGGCGUCUGGAUCGGCGGCUCCAUCCUCACGUCCCUCGGCUCCUUCCAGCAGAUGUGGCUCUCGAAGCGCGAGUACGACGACGACGGGCCCGCGCGCCUCGUCGAGGGCCGCUGGGACUGA